CGGAGCAGGUGGGCCCGGGGGCAGGCCGCCGGAGACGGCGGCGGCGGCGGCGACGGAGACGGCGGCCGGAAGAAGAAGGGGAUGGCGCUCUUCCGGAGGCUCUUCUACCGGAAGCCGCCGGAUCGGCUCCUCGAGAUCGCAGACCGCGUCUACGUAUUCGAUUGUUGCUUCUCAACAGAGACCAUGGACCAAUACAAAUACAAGAAUUACCUGGACAGCAUUAUUUUGCAGCUUCGUGAACAGUUUGCAGAUUCUUCAUUGAUGGUACUCAACUUCAGAGAUGAAGGAAGGAGUCUGGUUUCAGGUAUUUUCUCCAUGUACGGUAUUACAGUCAAAGACUAUCCUUGCCAGUACCAAGGAUGCCCGUUACUUCCUUUGGACAUCAUUCUCCACUUCCUAAGACUGAGUGAGAGGUGGCUUAUGGUUGAAGGGCAGCAAAACAUUCUGUUAAUGCACUGUGAGAAAGGUGCAUGGCCGGUGUUGGCCUUUAUGCUUGCAGGUCUUCUUCUGUAUAGGAAACAAUAUAAUGGGGAGCAAAGAACUCUAGAUAUGGUGUACAAGCAAGCACCUAAGGAGCUUCUUCAGAUGUUAACCACAUUGAAUCCACAACCAUCUCAUCUUCGGUAUCUUGGGUACAUUUGCAGAAUGGAGGAUGAGUUGGGUUGGCCCACGCAGCCUAUUCCUUUCACCCUGGAUUGUGUAAUCCUUAGAAAAGUUCCAAAUUUUGAUGGAGUUGGUGGUUGUCGGCCAAUAGUUCGAGUAUAUGGUAAGGAUAUUCUAACAACUGACAGAAGUCACAGUGGCGUUUCAUCAACAUCGAAGGCCAAGAAACAUGUUAGGCGUUACAGACAGGCAGACAAUGUGCCAGUGAAGUUAAAUGUUGGGUCCUACGUCCAAGGUGAUGUCGUCCUUGAAUGUCUGCACGUGGAUGAUGGCCCAGAAGAUGAAAAGUUAAUGUUCAGGGUGAUGUUCAACACCUUUUUUAUCCAGUCUCACAUUUUAUUGUUGAGCUUUGAAGACAUCGAUAUUUCUUGGGAUGCUGAUCACAAGUUCACAAAGAACUUCAAAGCAGAGGUACUCUUUUCAGAGUUUGAUGCUGAGUCUGAUGCGUCCACUGAAGUGACACCUGAUGAUGAUGAUAUGGAUGUUGCCUCUGCUGAUGAGUUCUUUGAAGCGGAAGAAAUCUUCAGUAAUGCUGACUCCCAAGAAGGACUUAAGGAUGCCGAUACUCUUUCUAUAGCCUCUACAGACUUUGGUCCAACCCCAAGAGCCGAACCUCAGAAGAACUCACCAUUUUCCAAUUGUGAGCUAGAUAUUGGCAUCGAUCAAUCAGGAAAUAACAAAGUCAAUGAAUUGGGUUUGUUGUUAGAAACAAUAAGUGAUGAAAAGACAUGCACAUCCACUGAAGCCAAUAAGAUGCAUAGCAACAAAACUGGAGUAGUGAAGUCAAGUUUGGCAGCUACAAUAGAUGGAGACAGAAAUGGUGGCAUUUCCUGUUCUUCUUCCAACAAAGAACAUGGCUGCAUGUUGGAGAAUUGCAGUUCCAAGCAUGACACAAGUAUGGGUUCCAGUCAAGACUCGAAUCAGAUUGAUAAUGUCUUGGUAAAGGAGGUGAUUAUAUCAGAAACUAAUAGCCCUAUGGACAUACAGAUGAUCAAAGAGGUUAUCAUAUCUGAACUUACAACUCCCAAAUUGGUGUUAGAGGGGAAGUCAAUGGACAUUGAAUUAGGUGAGACAGUCCACAAUUCAGAAAGUACUACAUUGGAAGAAGCUGAGGAUAAUGAACGACUUGAUACUUUUCUCAAGCAGGAUGUGGGAGACAGUGGGGGAGAUGAAUAUGCUGCUUAUGAAAAUGACCUAGUGAUUGGACACGAAGAAGGCAGCAACAAACAACAACUUAGUAUCAGAGAUGCAAAUGCAGAAGUGAUUGGGCCCACAGAUGAAAAUAACAGGGUGGACCUUCAAUUAUCAGGAAAUUCACAUCCGCAGAGCUCAAGCACUUCUUCAGAAUCAAGUUCUGCUGAGAAACAUAUCGAGCAGCUUCAUGCUUGCAGCAGUAAUGGCACUGCAGAACAAAAGGAGGGAAUUGAUACAUCAUUUACUAGUUCCCAAAGCCAGUCUUCGAAUACUUCUUCUGUGAACAUUCUACCAGAAGGAUCUAGCCAGUCUUCGAAUACUUCUUCUGUGAACAUUCUACCAGAAGGAUCUAUCAUUUCCCUAAACCAUGUUCCAACUUCUAUUAAUGCAAAUACAGAUACAACCGAUUCAUCUCGACUUGUGCUAAAGAAAAAACCUUUUCAUCCUUUGUCUACAUCUAGGCUUUUUGCUCCAUCAUCUCCCAGGCGCAGUCUGCUUCGUGCAGCAUCCACAGAUUUGUCCUUUUUAUCUCCACUACAAACAGAGUCUAAGCAGAACUCUGUUGCUUCUACAAGUGGAAGGGAUGAUUCUGCUUCAACUUCUGUGCCUCCACCAUCUUCACUCUAUACACCCUUGGGAUCAUCAUCCCAAAUAUCUUUAGUACAUCCUCCUCUCCGACCAAUAAAAACUGUUUCGUCUUUACCUUCAUCAUCAUUUGAAGCAUACAUAGAGAUGUCAAUGUCAUCUUCAAUAUCGCCCAAACACCAAGAGCAUGUUAAACCUCAUCCUCCCCCAAUACAAGCACCUUGGCAUCUUCACCCAACAUUGACACAGGAAAAGGAUGUACAUUCAGGUAGUCUAUUGCCUUCUUCCAACAAAUAUGCCCGUCACCCCCCACGCCCGCCUCCUCUACCACCUCGACAUAAUUCUUGUAGCCAAAGUGAUUCAAGCACCCUAAUAUCUGCACAUGAACAAACAAGAGCUGAUAGGUAUUGCUCCUCUAGUCCUGAUUGUAGACAAACUGUUCUUGACUUAGGUGAUUCCUCAGUAACCUCUCCCUCAAAAAGUAGUAUAGAUACAACAGAAUGUCUCCUAGGAUCCUCUAAUUUUGUAGAUGAGGAAGUAGCAAGUAGACACGAUACACUAACUGCCAUUGAUGUCCCAAGUACUAGUGAAGAUACCAAAUCUUUGUUGCAUACUGUGACUUGUUCUUCACCUCCCAAAACAUUACAACAUAGUGCACCGCCGCCACCCCCACCUCUGCCUCCACUACCACCACCAUUGCAAUUACCGCCACCAGCAAUAUGCAGUGAUAGCGGAUCACUACUGCCAGUAUUCUCAAUUCCACCUUCAGAUUGUCCAUAUAAAGAAUCAGCAAUGCUACCAGAACAACAAUCUCCUGCUCCACCUUCUUGUCUUGAAGGACAUGAAGCAAGCGAAGUUCAAUUAUUGCAAUCUCGUAUUACGGCUGAAUUAUCUUCAUCAGAACAUUCUAAGUAUACGGUUCAGCAUUUGUCUAGAAGUACUGAAGAUACAACUUCAGCUCUCUCACCCUUUAUACCCGCAGCACCUCCAUAUUCAACAUUUCAUAUUGUAACAGAUGAUUCUUCGAGCUCAACAUUUGCAGAGGAAGUAACCUGUACAAAGUCUUUAGAUCAAACAACACAAUCCAUUCAUUUGGAGCCCUGCAAGAUGGAGAUAUCACUGAGUGAAACAAUCAAUGAAGUCCUGGCCUCUAUAGGUGAUGAUAAAGAACAUGAAGGCAUACCAAUUCCUCCAUCACCACAAAAAUUGUCGUGGCCUAGAGAACAUGUGAAACCUCCAUCUCCUCCACCACCGCCGCCGCCACCACCUUGUCAUGCAACACUUGUACCAUCUCCAUGUUUAUCUUUAACUCCACCUUCUCCAAGAGAACAUUAUGAAAAUCCACCUUCCCCACCACCUCCACCUUUUUCUAGAGAACCACCUUUUGUAGCUCCCCCUCCCCCUCCACUCCCUAGUCGUCCAUCUCCAUGUAGAAAACAUAUUACUCCACCUUUGACUCCACAAUCAUGUACAAGGCAUGUUAUACCUCCACCUCCACCUCCACCACCACCACCACCUUUACCUUUACGUCAUACUGCACCUCCAUCCCCGUGCUCAUACCAACCUCAUUUCCAGAAAGAUGUGGCAAUCCCACCUUUUCCCCUCAUAGAGGAUGAUGUGAUAGUUUCAUCUCCACCUUCAACAAGGGUUGAUAAAAUUCCACUGCCACCACCACUUCCAAGAGGGAGUGAAAUUUUGUUGCCACCUCCUAUUGAGGGUAUACAAUCACCACGGAAAACUCCUCUUGUUGAAGUUAUUAAACAAAUUCCACCUCCACCUCCUCUCCCUAAAGGACAAAGAGGAUCUCCAUUGUCUACUCUUUGUGGAGAAAUUAUGAACAUCCCACCACCUCCACCUCCCGGAGGACAUGGGGAAGCUUCACUAGCAAUUCAUUCCAAAGAAUUAGGGGGCAUUCCACCUCCACGACCACUUACUGAAGGGAUAGGAGGAAUCCUAUUGCCCAUCGGACUUCAAAGUGGAGCUUUGUCAUCGCUUCAACCUACCGAAAGAUUGGAAGGUCCUUCACGAUCCCCGCCUCCACCACCGCCACCAUCUUCCAAUGGAUAUAUAGGGGAUUCACCACCGCCACCACCUUCAAGAACAUGUGGAGAGGCUUUGCUGCCACUGCCACCUCAGACAAAAUGUGGAGGGGCUCCACAACCACCACCACCUCCUAAAGGAUAUGCAGGGGCUCCACCACCGCCACCUCUUGAAGGAUAUGCAAGGGAUCCACCACCGCCUUCCGGAGGAUAUGUAGGUGCUCCACCGCCGCCGCCGCCACCACCACCACCACCACCACCACCUUCCAGAGCAUAUAUAGGCGCUUUACCACCACCACCAUCACCUCCCAAAGCAUAUGUAGGGGCUCCACCACCACCACCUCCUCCUCCUCCUGGAGGAUAUGCAGGAGCUUCUCCUCCUCCUCCACCUCCUAGUGGAUAUUCAGGUGCUCCUCCACCGGCACCACCGCCUCCCGAUGGGUAUGUAGGAGCUCCAUCGCCACCGCCACCUCCUAGAGGAGAUGCAGGGGCGCCACCGCCGCCGCCGCCACCUCCCGGAGGAUAUCCAGGGGCUCCGCCACCGCCGCCACCUCCCGAAGGAUAUGUAGGGGCUCCGCCACCGCCGCCACCUCCCGGAGGAUAUGUAGGGGCUCCGUCACCACCGCCACCUCCUGGAGGAUAUGUAGGGGCUCCACCGCCACCACCCCUACCUGGAGGAAUUGGAGGAGUUCCUCCUCCACCACCACCCAUUGGAGGAAUAGGCGGAACUCCACUGUCUCCACCACCUGCUGGAUUUCGAGGUGGAGCGCCCCCUCCUCCUCCUCCUCCUGGAGGACACGGAGGCCCGCCGCCACCGCCUCCUAGAGGACAUGGAGGAGUAGGUGGGCCCCCUCCUCCUCCUGGUGCACCUGCCCCUCCAAUGCCACCUGGAGUGCCUGGUGGCCCCCCUCCACCUCCAGGUGGAAGAGGUAUGCCUGCUCCACCUGGUGGAAGAGGACAUGGCCUUGCUCGGUCAUUAGGCCCAACCUUACAAAGCGCAGUACGAAAGUCAUCUCUAAAACCACUACACUGGGUCAAAGUAACUAGGGCAAUGCAAGGAAGUUUGUGGGCAGAGCUACAAAAGCAAGUGGAUGCUAAUAGCCGUGCUGAAUUUGAUGUAAAUGAAUUGGAGUCUCUGUUUACCAUUGCUCCAAAGACAAAAGCUGGCUCAAAAUCAGAAGGACGUGGAAAAUCUCUUGGAUCUAAACCGGAUAAAGUUCAACUGAUCGAUCUAAGACGGGCCAAUAACACAGAGAUCAUGUUGACAAAAAUCAAAAUGCCACUCUCUGAGAUGAUGAGUGCUGCUCUAGCUUUGGAUGAUUCUGUUUUGGACGCUGAUCAAAUUGAAAAUCUCAUAAAAUUUUGCCCAACAAAAGAGGAGAUGGAGCUUCUAAAGAACUACAGCGGGGACAAGGAAGUUCUUGGAAAGUGUGAGCACUUCUUUCUAGAGUUAAUGAAGGUGCCAAGGGUUGAAUCUAAGCUUAGGAUAUUCGCUUUCAAGAUUCAGUUUCAGUCACAGAUUAGGGAUGUUAGGAAGAAUUUGCAGACUGUGUCAUCCGCUUGUGAGGAGCUCAGAAGCUCUGAGAAGUUGAAGGUUAUCAUGAAGAAUAUUCUGUUAAUUGGGAAUACAUUAAAUCAAGGCACUCCGAGAGGCCAGGCUGUUGGUUUUCGCUUGGAUAGCCUCCUAAAACUUAUAGAGACCCGUGCCACUAACAGUAGAAUGACAUUAAUGCACUUUCUAUGUAAGUCCCUUGCAGAGAAGUCACCAGAAGUAAUGGAUUUUCAUGAAGAUCUUGUCAGCUUGGAAGCUGCUUCAAAGUUGCAACUGAAAGCAUUGGCGGAAGAGCAGCAGGCAGUCGUAAAAGGCCUGGAGAAAGUUGAACUGGAACUAACUGCUUCGGAAAGUGAUGGGCCGGUUUCUGAUGUUUUCCGUAAGACUUUAAAGGAGUUCAUUGAUCAUUCUAGUGCUGAUGUACGCUCUCUAUCAGCUUUCUAUUCUGAAGUAGGUAAAAGCGCAGAUGCACUUGCCCUUUAUUUUGGAGAAGACCCUGCAAAAUUCCCUUUUGAGCAAGUUGCUACAACUCUUCUGACCUUCGUGGGGUUGUUUCGGAAAGCUACUGAUGAAAACCUUAAGCAGAUUGAGGCUGAGAAGAAGAAAGCCCAGAAAGAGGCCGAAAAAGAAGCAAACCAGGACAAAACUCCUGUAAAAUCAAAAAAUGGGAAUGGGGACAAAUCACCAAGAUCACCAUCAUCCUUCAAGUGAUAUGCGACAAAAGUUUUAUGCUCAGCUUUUCUUCCUUGGGAAAUGCCACCUCCUCUGGCCCGCACAGGUUUUCGCACAAGCAUCAGUGGUUACCGAAACACAUGAAUUCCUUGUGGACAACUUACGCUUACAAGACAAGAUACUUUUCGGCUGAACAUCCAUACCUGAUAGCUCACGACACUGUACAAAGCUAACCCCACACCAAAUUAGGUUCUCCUGUACAGAUUUCAUACUAGAAUUUUCUUUUCCUUCUAUUUAUACUAGCAGCAGGAGUAGGUCAGUGCUUGUAAACUAGGAAAUAGGAGCGUAAAUAGUUAUCAGGUCAGAAGCAAUAGAAAAGGAUUAGUGUUACCACAGGCAGAAUCCUAACCAGCUAACGAUGAGUGUAUAGCCAUGUUCUUGACUUCUUGACAGAUUAUAGAGCAAAGUGUUUUGUGAU